GUGUAACCGGCUGUAUUCCGGGUUGCGCGUGCCCUCCAUUGUGCCGAGGACAGAAUGCAGCGGCUGCUGGUGAAGGUGUUGCUGAAAGCUGGGGUGACCGGCUCGGGCGGUCGGGCCUCUGGAAACCCCGGGAGGGAGGCCUGCCGUUUCUGCAGGUUGACUGGAACUGGUCAAAGAAAUAUCUUCACCUGUUCUGCUUUGCUCAAAGAUGAUGAACCUAAGCCUUGUUCUGCCCCUGGACAGCAGAAAGAUUCUGAAGAAAGAACAUCUGCUACAGCAGGGAAGAGUGACUUAUUGAACAUAAUAGGUGGCAUGAAAGUAGAAGUCAGCUCAAAGAAAAAGUUCCAAGCAUUGAGAACACAGAGACUAAACAAUGAGGCAAAGAAUCAGCCAGAAGCUGUGGAGAGUGCACCGAGCAUGUUUCAGAAAGUGAAUGAAGAUAUCAAAAGUGAAUGUAAAAAGACAUUAAAUCCAGACCUUGUUGCAGCAGCUUCAGCGGUUGCAUCUUCUAUGCCCUACAAUAAGAAACAGAUUGAAUCAGAAUUGCUUAAACAACUCAGGAAGCAUGAGUCGGAAACUGAAGCCCAGAAAAAUGGCGAAGCCAGCAACAUUGGUGAUAUCAUUGCGGACAUGAAGAUUGGGAAGCGUCCUGGUGCACGUGCUGGGAUAAGAUCAGUCAGUCAAAUCCGCUUUGAUGAUGAUGGGCAAGGAUAUACUCCUGAUCGAGGUGUCACAAGUGAAUUUAAUGCAAUGAGGAAGAGGAAAGGACUGUUUACUGGGAAGAAAUUAAACAUUUUUCCUAUACAUGCUGGUGAUUCUGAGGAUGUGCCAGAAGCUGUGUCUCUGCCAUCACUAUGGGACACUGAACUGGCCAAUCAAAUAGCAGCUGCGACAGAACAAUUGCCUCGAAAUGGGUUUGAAGAGAUGAUCCGCUGGACAAAGGAAGGAAAACUCAGGCAGUUUCCUAUUAACAAUGAAGCUGGAAUGGAAGCUGAGGAAGGCGUGGAAUUCCAUGAGCACAUAUUUCUGGAGAAACAUUUAAAGGGAUUUCCAGAACAAGGACCAAUACGCCAUUUCAUGGAGCUGGUUGUCAAUGGGUUAUCUAAGAAUCCGUACUUAACGGUACAACAAAAAAGUGAACACAUAGAAUGGUUUCGUCAGUAUUUCCAAGACAAAGAAGAUAUUUUGAAGGAAAGUGAAGUAUACAUUAAUUGAAAUUAUUUCUUCAAGUGUACUGUGGACACUUUUAAUACAUUUGUACAGAUAUAAAUUAUUGUAUGAUUCUGAAUGUACUAUAAGCUGAUUACCAUAACUCUGUCCCUACUGGCUGCUAUUAUUUCCAUUAGAAAAUGUACACAAGGUAAUAAUGUUCACAUUAUAGAUGUAAUGUUGAAUUAAGGCUUUUUUUUUAAAAAAACCUCUGAAUAAACGUAUGUUUCCACAAUCUUAGGACAACCUAGAAUGUUUCACAGCCAGUGA